UUACUACUCGCGUUUGAGGUUUGAGCAAAAAUAAUGACGAGGUCCAUUACCGUUCACCGAAAUUGUAUUCUACGGCGUUGAGUUUCGUAUGUUACAGAUUUAUUUAGUGCAUUAGGCGGUGAUCAGAAUUAUUCGUGAAAAUGUAUAGAAACAAGAAGGACGUCGAUAAACACGUGGAAAGUUUGAUGUUCAAAUUGUCACCUAAAGACUUUACAACUAGAGCAUAUUCCGUAGCGCGGUUGUAUUAUGAAGUUGGAGAUUAUGGAAGUUGCCAGAAAUAUGUCGAACAGUAUCUUACACAAAAAUCGAACAAUGCAGCCGCUCACAAACUUCUUGGACAGGCAUUCCAAAAGUUAGGAGAGAAGGAAAAUGCUCUUGAACAAUACAAGACUUCUUUUGAUAUAGAUCCUACCCAAACAUGUACAAUAUUGGAUGUUUGUGAAUUGUUGGCUGAUGAAGACGUAGUCAUUGAUAUAGGACGUGCAAAAUUUUGGUGUGAAAAGGCUGAGUCCACCUUUCCCAAGCAUCCAGUGACAUUCCGUUUACGAGAAAAGCUUCUUGCUGUUGCUGACCCAGAUCCAGAAGCUGUAGUCAAGUUAUUAAAGAGUGAAUUAGAAGUUAGACCAAAAGAUGCCGUGCUUCACGCGCGCUUGUUAAAGCAUUAUGUUCACCAUAAUAAAUAUAAGGAAGCAUUUGAUCACAGCUGCAGUAUUGAGUUAGACAAGAAAUUAUUUUCCAAUAACUUUGCCUGGUAUGAAACUCUUUCUGAAAUUUUGAAAUACAAUCCAUUGAAAACAAACGACUGGUUAUAUCAGUUGCUCUUAUUAACAGUUAAAGAAAGAAUUUGUAAUUUGAGCUUAACAGAAAUACCAAGUGCCUCAACAAAAAGUUUGAUGGAAUGUAAUGAACACCUUUAUACUUAUGACCAAGCCAUAGAAACCAUUGUCAAAUCUGGGCCCUCACCUGGAUUUGGUGAAUUUCAUACAAGUCUUUUAAAACAUCAUCAGGGGCAAUUAGUUUUUCAUGUAGCAACUUAUUUGCUUAAAAAAGCUAAGAAAGAGCAAAUAAAUUGGAGAGAUGCUAAAAAGUUUUCAGCUCCAUUAAUGCUGUUAGCAUGGCAGACAAUCCCUAUAGAUUCAAAAGUUAAUUGGUUAACACAUGCACCUGAAAGACAGCAGAAUGCUGUUCACCGCUGGUACCUAGAAGGUUCAUACAGAUGCUCACAGUCUGGACAUUAUCUGCAAUCUAUUGCUCAGGACAAAAGUCAAAUUCUUUUAGAUCAGAUAUCUCAACUUUGUUCAGGUUCAAAUUGGAAAGAUAAACUUUAUGAAAAAAUAUUUGCUCUUCCUGAACAACUAGCAAAAAUUAAAUCAUCUUAUUUAACUUCAAACGUGUUAAACAUCCCAGCACUAAGGUUACCAAGAAAAGUAGAAAUUCAAGCCUAUGAUGAUGAUGCACAACGAGAAUAUCCUAAUUCACUUCAUCAUUUUGUAUGGCUUUUACUUAAUUACAAAAACUAUGCUGAUUUUAAAUGCACUCUUUUUGAUAUGUUAACUUCAACAAUGACCAGCUCAGGCCCCGAAUCAUUAAAUAAAAUGGAUGUUCUAGCUUUUCUAUUUAGUUCAGCAUUAACAGCUCAAAAAAAAAGAAAUAAAAUGAAUUAUAUGGCAAUAGACAAACCAACACUUCCAGCAAAUAUUACUGACUUAUUAUGUACCCUUCCUCAAAUGAAAUGGUGGGACUGUGCAUAUAAGUUAAGUCAAAAUGAAUUAGGUAUGGAGUUCACAGAUAUACGUUCUACUUUAAGCGGUGGCAUUGAAGUUGUCCGUUGUGUCGAUAAUCCUGGCUUAGACCCUGAACUAUUGGCGAUUUUGGGUCGUAUAUUCAGCGAGUUGGCUAAAAGUACAUCCAAUAUAGAAGAAACAAUUAAUUUGAAACAGAGGUCUUAUCUUUAUUAUUCAUCAGCUAUACCCCUCCUUGAGAAGUUAAAAAACAAAUUGAUUGUAAAAUUACCAGAAAAAAGAAUGUUUGAUUAUACACAUGAAGAUCUUGAUUCAAAGGAAAUUAAUAACCUUUUAGAAGAGAGUAAAAUUUAUGUAGCUCUUCAUCACUUAAACGAAGCUGAAUAUGAGAAAGUCAUCAGCUUGCUAUCUAAUUUGAAAUCUCCUAAAGCCUAUUAUCAUCUAAGUGAUACGUACAAAAAAAUUGCACUUGAAGAAAAUAAGAUGGCUAAAAGUAUUGAUACUGAAAAAAAGUAUAUAGCGUUACUGAGUAAAGCAAAAACUUUUGCAUUUAAAGCACUGGAUAAAGUAAAGGAAGGGGAAAUUUAUAACAAUAAAACAUUGUAUUCUGACAUACAAGAACUUAUUGAAGAAAUAGAAUCACAUCUUAAUAGGAUUGACCCUGAUAUCUCUGUUGCUAUAAAUGAUGAUAUGUCAGAUGAAAAUAUUUCUAUAAGUGAAAUUGGAUCCACACGUUUCAAAACAAAUACAUUUCGAAAUACGAGCUCUACACCUAAGCAAAUUACAAAACAUUAUUUUAAUGUAAAUUCCACUGCAUAUCGUACUGCACAAGAGUCUCAAAUCUUCGAAAACACUCAAACUGAUCAAGUUUUCUUGGAAAGAAUAGAAAAACAAAUAAAGAACUUACAGAAGCGAGACACAUCGAUUAAUGAUUUCAUGGAACAAACAAGAGACUGGUUUGACGAAAAUAGAAAAUUAGGAAGUCAAAUUAUAAGUACUAUAAAUUCAAACAUUGAAAAUACAACUGAGCAAUUUAAGCUUCUAAAAGUAUCAGUAGACCAAGUUAAAGAACAAAUUGACGAGUGUAGAAAAGAAUGCAAAGAUGUUGUUGAAUUGAAAAAACAAAUUGCAGAUUUAAAGAAGGAAGUAAAUAAAUUAAAAAAGACUUCAUCAGAGCAAACAAUAGACGAAAGUGAUUUAUAUAAUUUGGAUGAGGAUUACAGAUCUAAUGAAAACACGUCUAACUUUGGUGCACACCUUCCAUUUACAACACCUCAAGUAAUACCACCAUAUGCACAACGUCUCAUUCCACCUUUUUCUGUACCACCCAAUCCUUACCAAUUAUAUGGACAGAACUUGUAUAAUCUAUACAAUCAAUAUUCUCAAUUUACUCAAUCAUCAGUACCUGGUGCACCGCCGAUUUUCGAUCCUGCUCGAGCUCAAAUGAAUUAUCCAGGGGUGUACCCAACACCAGACCAAAUGUACCUUGAUGCAGCACAUCUUGUUCCUACAACUUUACCAUCUGGUCCCACAGCUGCCCCUGUUCCUGCGGUACACAACAUGCACAAUGCCCCUACAGUACCACCAGUUUCAAUGGCUGCUCCACCCGUCGCCCCUAAAUAUAAAAUUGUACUUGACACUAAAGAAUCUUCCAAAUCAUUACCAGUGAAUGUUGUAAUUACAUCUUCUGAUCCUGUGCCUACAAGUACUGUUACUCCUGCGCCAGUUUUAAGUGUUACAAUACCUCAGAAACAUAUAAAGAAUAGUCCUCAUAAUUAUCAAAUUCAGAUGCCCACAUCAAACGAUGCGAAAGUGGUUGCACCUCCAGUUUUCCAUUUUCCUACAUCUGAUGCUAAAACAACUGUGACAACAUCAUCAAAUGCAUCGAAUUGGAGCACGAAAUCAAUAUUUGCGACAUCUCAAUCAGGAACUACGUUACCUAUUUUUAAUUCUACUGACACUUUUAAGGAUCUUAAUAAUUCCAAAAAUGUUGUUGAUGGUGUUUUUUCGGGAUUGUCUCCAAAUACAAGUCUUAAUAAGUCUAGAACCCUUUCCGAGAAGAGUAAUACAUCUAUUGAGAAUUAUGACCCAUGUCCAGACUUUAAACCUAUAAUACCUUUACCAGCUGAAGUAAAGGUGACUACUGGCGAAGAAAAUGAAACAGCUAUUUUCAGUUCUAGAGCGAAAUUGUUUCGUUUUACUGAUAAGCAGUGGAAAGAGAGAGGUAUUGGUGAAAUGAAAUUGCUAAAACAUAACGUAACGGGAAAAGUAAGGGUUCUUAUGAGACGUGAACAAGUUCAUAAAAUUUGUGCAAAUCACAUUAUAUUACCAGAAAUGGAAAUAAAACCAAUGAAAAAUGAAGCUAAAGCCUAUUUCUGGGUGGCUAAUGACUUUGCAGAAGAAACAGUAAUACUAGAAAAAUUCUGUAUAAGAUUUAAAACUGCUGACAUAGCUAAAGACUUCUUCGAAGCGUUUGAAAGUGCGAGAAAAGACAGCGCUAACCAAAGUUCCAAUUCCAUUGAUUCUAAGGAAAAUAUAAGCAAAAAUGAAAAAAGUGUCAUUAUUAAAACAAGUACUGCUCCUUCAAGAGACGAUUCAAUGAAUGUUCAAACUGAAAAAACAGUUGUAGGAGGUUUCACUUUUAACAGCAAACCUUCUUUCAAGUCUAUAGAAAAUGUUAUAACCGAUACAAAAACUGCAGAUAAUACAGCAAAAGUUAACGUUUUUAGUGGUUUAACAUUCAAAACAGCAACUUCAACACCAUUCCAAAAUAUAUUGAAUAUCCCAAAAAAUUUAAGUGACAAUUCCAUGCAAACUACAAACAAAAAUAUUACCAAUGUCAGUCAAUUAAAUACUUCUGAUUCGGUUGAGGAAUUCGAGCCAACCACUGAAUUUAAACCGGUUAUACCUUUACCUGCUUUAGUUGAUCAAAAAACUGGUGAAGAAAAUGAAAAAGUGUUAUUUGAACACAGAGCUAAGCUAUUACGAUUUGACGCUACUGGCAAAGAAUGGAAAGAAAGAGGACUAGGUAAUAUUAAAUUAUUAAUGAAUAAUGAUAACAAUCAAAAACUAAGGUUAUUAAUGAGGAGAGAACAAAUCAUGAAAGUUUGCUGUAAUCAUGCUGUCACAAAAGAAAUGUCAUUUCAAAAAAUGCCUAACAUGGAUAAAGCAGUUACAUGGUGUGCAAAAGAUUUUUCAGAGGGUGAGUUGGUUGCAGAAACAUUUUGUCUACGUUUUAAAACAGUACAAGCUUGCAAUGAUUUCAUAGAUGCUGUUAAAGCAGCCCAGCUAAAAAUCGGAGAUGAUGCGAAAGCCGAAAAAGAAGAACAGAAUGUUUCUAAGCAAACUAGUGGUGGGUUCGGUGAUAAAUUUAAACCGCAACCAGGUUCUUGGACCUGUGAAGCAUGUUAUACCAAUAAUUUACAAACAUUUACCAAAUGUCCUUGUUGUGAAACGCCAAAUCCGCAGGUUCCGAAAGUUAUUGCCAAUAAUACUAUUAGCAGUACUUCAGAUUGGGGCGCUAAAUUUAAACCUAAGCCAGGUUCUUGGGAAUGUAAAGAAUGUUUAAUUCGAAAUGAAGCUAAUCUCGAAUAUUGUAAUGCCUGUAAUAGUCCCAAAGAUCCAAACGUUAAAAAAGACGUUAAAUCUGUUUCUGAGAAUUUGCCCAAGUUUAAUUUUGGUAUACCUUCUGUUAACAGUAGCAAUACUCAAGAGAAUUUAAAUCCAUCUGAGCCAAAGUUUACGUUUGGCAUACCACAAAACUAUGGUGUGACUAAGACAGUUACUUCUUCAGAAAUUAAUACAAAUGCUUCACAAAAAUUUAGCUUUGGAAUAGCUCAAAAUAAUGCAGUUACUCCUGGGAUUUUACCUGCUUCUGUAUUUAGCACGCAGAAUGUUGCUAAACCUGAAAAUGAAAGCUCAGUUAAACCUAUUAACUUUAGUGUGAAAAGUACAGAAGAAGACAAUAUUGUAACAACACCUAUAAAGCCAGCCUUGCUCCCAACACCAAAAACAACUGUUGCUUCUUUUGGGAAUAAGGAUAGUGGAACAUUUCAAUUUUCUUUUAAACCUAAAACUCAAGCUAAGGGAAAAAGCCCAAGUAAAUCGCCAAAAGACAAACAUGGAGACGACAGUGAUGAUAAUGAUUAUGCUUCGGAGGAUGAAGGGCAUCAUAUACAUUUUAGUCCAGUCAUUCCUAUGCCUGAUAAGAUUGAGGUUGUCACUGGAGAAGAAAACGAAGAAGAACUUUAUGGACACAGAGCCAAAUUAUUUAUAUUUACGACAGGAGAAUGGAAGGAACGUGGGAUUGGUAUUGUUAAAAUAUUGAAACAUAAGGAAACUGGAAAGUUGAGAGUGGUUAUGCGAAGAGAACAAGUACAUAAAAUAUGUUUAAAUUAUGCAGUGGGCCUUGAUAAUAUGUACAAACCUAAAGAUGAAAAAACUUGGUGUUUCGUUGCCAAUGAUUUUAGCGAAGGUGAAAUAAUGCUUCAGAAAUUCUGUCUAAGGUUCCAAAAUAAAGACUUAGCUUUGCAGUUUAAAGAUGUAAUAGAUAAAGAAUUAAAAGAAAAAUUUGGUACAAUUGAAGGUGAAAACAAAAAUGAUAGUAAAAAAGACACUGAUGUUGAUGAUGUUGUAUUCAUAAAUGAAAUACAAGCUACAAAAGAAGAAAAACAAAAAGCAAAAGAAUUAAUGUUGCCUGAAAAUUUCUAUACCUAUAAAAAUAAAGAACCAUGUCAAGGUUGUCGGGGAUGUGACGAAGAUGAUAUCAAACCUGAGUCAGAAAAAAAUACAUUUAAAUAUCAUAGCAAGGCAUUGCCUAAGCAAGGUUUAACCAUUACACCACUCAAAACAUCUGCUUUCAAUUUCUCAAGUCCAAGCAAUUCUAUCUAUGGUACGCCAAAUAAUUUAGAUAAAACCGUUGAUACUACAAUUUUCCGCACUCCAUUAAGCACCAACGGAUCUAAUACUACAUGUUCAUCACCAACUACAAGUAUCUCGAAUGUAUUUGGAAAUGAUACCAUAGAUAAAGAAAAUACCUUAACAGAAAAGUCACUUAAUCCUAUUAAACCAGUUGCUUUUGUCAGUGGAAAUCAAGCACAAAGUAUGUCGUCAGUCUUGGCUGCUCCAAAGCUUAUAUCAGUAAUCCCACCAGCAGAUAAAGGGACGGCAACACCAAAGUCUGUGUUUGGAUUCCCUGAAACAAAAUCUAUUUUUGGUGAAAAUAAACUUGGUGUAUCUUCAACACAAUCAAUAUUUGGAUUUAAUGCUCCAAAUAAUAAAGAGGAAAUGCAGUCAGCAGAUAAUAAAUCAAUAUUUGCAGUAGAUUUAAAAACAGGGCCUCCUGUAUCUCAAGGAAAUAAAUUUGGAUUUGCGCCUUCCAAACCAAAUCAAACCUCAUCUGGAAUAUUUGGUUCUACUGGAACAUUUACAUUCGGUAAUGUAACCCAACCUAGUCAGGACACUGCAAAGUCUAUCUUCGGUAAAGCAGCCGCAGAAAAUCCUUCUAUAUUUAGUGACAAAACUGAUAUAUCAUCUAAUAAAAAUGUGGAGUUAAAAUCAAACAUUGAUACUACUGGAAAAUUUACUUUUGGUAAAAAUGUAAUUCUUCAAAAUCAGAACAGCAGCAAACCUACUAUUACUUCACUAUCAAUGGAUAAACCCGUAUUGCCUAUUGAAAAUGUACAGAGUGUCAUCAAGGACUCUAAUAUAGAAAAAAAAGAUGUAAAAUCCAUUUUUGAGGCUCAAGAUACAAGAAAAGAAAAAACUCCAUUUAAGGUUGAUAAUUCAUUAACAUUUGCAGCUUUAUCAUCAAGUGAGCCUGGAUUUGGUAUUCAAAAAAAGACUGAUUUUCAAUGGGAAGGUGCAGGCCAACAACUCUUUGUAAGCAAGUCUAGUGAAGGUGAUGAUAAAGAGACAUUAGGUGGUAAUGGCGAUGCUAAUAACUCCGGCGCUGGGGCUGGCACUGAAGAGGAAUAUGACCCCCACUAUGAACCAAUUGUACCUCUUCCUGAUAAAAUUGUUGUUACAACAGGGGAAGAAGAUGAGAACAAAUUAUUUGGUGAACGUUGCAAAUUGUACCGUUAUGAUGAGAAAUCUCGUGAAUGGAAAGAACGCGGUGUCGGUGAAAUGAAAGUCUUAUACCACCCAGAGAAAAAUAGUUACCGGUUGUUACUUCGGAGAGAACAGGUUCACAAAGCAGUGUUGAAUAUGCUGAUAUUUAAAGAUUUAGAACUAUUACCAAUGAAAAACUCUGAUCGAGCUUGGACGUGGUGUGGUCGUAACUACGCAGAGAGUGCGGGCGAACAGGAAACACUAGCCGUCAGAUUCAAAUCAGUAAUCCUAGCGACUAAUUUCCAAGAAAAGGUCAUGGAAUGUGUCAGGAAACUACAAGUAGCUGCUGCGGAGGCUAUUAGAAAAGAAAAUGAGGCCAAAGAAAAACCAUUCGAAGGUAUAGCCCCAUUACGUUUACCGAAACAUUUAGAGAGCGAUGCGCGGUCGGACAUCUUCCUUAAAACUUCACAAGCACAAUCCGGAAGUAAACCAGAAACGGAAAAUUCUCAAGAUGCUAACAAUAAAAUUAGUGAUGUAAAUAAAUUUGAAGGCAGUGAAAUACCAAAGUCAUCUGAAGUCGAAGUAUCAAAACAAGUUCAUUUUGAGAAACAGCAAGAAGAACAAGAGAAGUACGACGAAGAUUAUGAACAUGGCUAUGACCACAAUGAAGACUCUGAUGGUUAUUACAAUGAGGAGGAGGAAUCAUCCCUUUACUACCCGUGCAAGGCUGUUGUGAAGCAGGACGACAUGCAGACGACAUGCGAAGUCACGUGCGUGCAAGUAUCCUUCGAUCAGGAACUCUGUUCACCCAAGAUCCUCGUCACUGACUCCAACACCGGCGAGAUACUGGCCGACAUGCUUAUACACACUGACACUGAAUUCCAGCUUUCCGAGGACAGUUGCACCUGGACAGGAUUAGAUUAUACAAACAAUGCAUCAGCUGAAAAGACACUCACUAUUACAUUUGCCGACAGCAAUACUGCUCUGGAGUUCUAUGAUAGUUGUGAGACAAGCAAAGCGGCAACAUAUGCAUCAACAGAUUCUGAAUCGUAAAUAUAUUGUAGGAAAAUAAAAUUUAGUUGGCUUGUGUUUGACUUAGUUCAUAAGUGUGUAGUAUUGUUUUUUAUCUAUACUAAAGUCUCAUAGACUUUAAUAUUAAUUAGAAUAGAAUUUUCUUUACCUUAUUGUCAUUGAGAUCUCUAAAAGAUUAAAUUCUGAAAGAUAUAAAUAAAUCUUAAAACUAUUUUGUGUGGAAAAAAGGUGGUCUGGUCUGAAUUCAUUUAAAGAAAAACAAUUUCCUUAAUUGCUCUAUUAUAUAUACAAAUACAUAACGUCACUGAUACUCAAAAAAAUUUAGUUGCCCAAUUGGUUUUCUAACUACAAUCUUUUUUCUACAUUUAAAAAAAAAUCAUUAUUUGAUUAUUUGUAUUGAAAGUGGAGGCUGCUGACUUUUUUGCAUUGAAAAUUAUUCCCAUUAUAAAUAAAUAAAUUGUAAUAUAUUUUUAAAUGGUACAAACAAUAUUUUCAUAGGUGUUGUUUCUAUAUGUAGCAACAAAAACAAAAAUUAUUUUCUUAAAAAUUUAUAAUAUAUAACACUUCUAAUUUUUAAACAGGUGCAGCCUCUACUUUUAAUAAAAACGUUUUGUAGACUGUAUCUUUAGCUGAAGAGAAUAUUGCUUAAAGAGACCUGAUCAAUAUAUUUUUUUCCUUUAAAAGGAACAUUUAGGAGUGCUUAUGUAAUUAUUAAAUAGUUUUUUUUUAUUAUUUUUAUUAUUAAAUUGAUCAGGUCUUUUUAUAAUUGCAUUAAAACAUCAAAUUCUAAUAAUGGUACAGAAUUUACAAUUGGCGGCAUUAUCGAUUACGUAUAUUCGAUUAUUAGAAUUAGCGAUAUUAAAAUGACGCUCUAAAUUGGUGAAUUCAGUAUCAUUAAAGAUUGAAAUGAGAAUCGGAUUCAAUAAUUAAAUAAUUUGGAGCCGAAAUAAGGUUUAACUAUUAACGAAACAUAAUGAAAUGAUUGAUUGUAAUCAAAUUCCUUUUCUCAUUUGAAUAUGACAUCGUGAUCUAUAUUAUUACUUGAAAUAAAUCCUUAAA